AUGGCUUCGACUGCGCCGGCUAACGAGCCACCGAAACCAUGCCACACCAUCGUUCUGGACUCAUCGCCCCUCCUUCUGAAUAUCCCCGGUAUUUCGACACUACGAGCCAACGGCCAUGAACUUGUGACAACGCCGACAGUGCUGGCUGAAAUCAAAAAUGAAGAAGCCAGGAGCAGAGUAGACACGCUCUACAGACCGUUCCUGACGUUGCGGACACCUAAGCCGGAGAGCCUCAGAUUUGUCAAGGAAUUUGCGAGGAAGACUGGUGAUGGCGCUGUGCUGAGUCAGACGGACUACGAGAUACUGGCGCUGGCAUACGAGCUCGAGUGUGAGAGAAAUGGCGGCGAUUGGCGGCUGCGGAAUGUGCCUGGUCAGAAGAGAGUGAAUGGAAGUCCACCUGCGAAAAGGACGGAGGAAGAAUUGUCGACAGAGGACAGCGUACCCGCAUCACAAAAUGCCUCGAGCGAACCAGAAAGCACAGAGGCUCCAGGGUCAACCACGAAAGUUCAGCAAAUAGACCCUGCGCCUAACGAAGAAAUGCAACGACUACAGAUAGUAGAAGAGCCAGAAAAGUCGAAUGAUGUUUCAGGAGCGGGAGCGGAAGCGGAAGCAACAGAAUCAGAAGCAGAAAUAGGAACUCAAGAAGAGACACCAGAGGACUCAGGCGACUCGGACGAAGGCUGGAUCACGCCAUCAAACAUCAAAAAGCACAAAGCUCGAGACGACGGAGCCGACAAGUCAAACGCCACACAAAAGACGCUGCAAGUAGCGACGAUGACCGGCGACUUCGCCAUGCAGAAUGUCCUCCUACAGAUCAACCUGAACCUCCUCUCCACUAAAACCUGCAAACGGAUAUCAUCGAUCAAGCAAUUCAUCCUCCGCUGCCACGCCUGCUUCGCCACCACGAAAGACAUGUCGAAGCAAUUCUGUGCCCGCUGCGGCAAGCCCACACUCACACGGGUCAGCUGUACAACCAACGACAAGGGUGAAGUCAAAUUGCAUCUGAAGGCGAACAUGCAGUGGAACAAUCGUGGCAACGUCUUCUCCGUACCGAAGCCGAUUGCUGGAACGGCGAACCAGAAAUGGAAGGGGCCUCAGCAGGGCGGAGGACAGGGCGGAUGGGGUAGUCAAUUGAUCUUGGCGGAGGAUCAGAAGGAGUAUAUUCGGGCGAUGAGUGGGCAGAGGAGGAGUAAGGAGCGGGAUUUGAUGGAUGAGGAUACUCUGCCGGGGAUUCUGACGGGGGAUCGGGGGAAGAUGGGUGGGAGGGUGAAGGUCGGUGCUGGUAGGAAUGUAAAUUCGAGGAAGCGGUAG